AAGUUUGUUUUAUUUCUGUGUAGUCUAUCGCAAUUGACUUGUCACGACAACGUGAUAAAUAAAAAAUUUAAUAAACAACAUAAUUGUUGUCAAACACUAAAAAAAGUCAAGGUUGAGAGGAAGUCGUUAGUACUUUUUUUAUACUGUCCUUGGCUGUAUUGUCGGGUUACUUAUUUAGAAUGUAAUGAAAGAUGAGCGGCGGUGACUCCUCGCAGCAUAACCCUGUUCUCCUUAAUACAUUUAUUAUUAAAAGAAAGAAAUGCAGAGUAUAUUUUCAUCGCGGUAUAUUGACUUGGGAAACCGACGGAUCACCAUACAGUCAACAGACGCUGUUGAUGAAAGAUGUCUUGGCUGUAGACUACGUGCAUAAUGCUGACAAGUCUGUGUGUUGUCCUGUGGUGGAACAGCAGGAAGGAAAUAAAAAUGAUACAGAUGUACCCACUCAGCCUUCACAUCACACCAGUCUCAUUAUUCACUAUGCUGCUAAAGGCACUAAAAACACUUGGCGCUGUCAAAAUGUUAUACUUAAUCACACAGACACAAGGCAGAUUGCAUCGUGGGUGAAAACCAUGCGGAACUACCUUAACGGUUCUUCGAAACACCCAAAACGUGUGAUGGUGUUCGUGAAUCCAUAUGGAGGAAAGAAGAAGGGACUGAAGAUAUUUGAGAAACAAGUGAAGCCAUUGUUCCUACUGACAGGUAUUAAAACAAAUGUAAUGAUAACUCAAGGACCAAAACAUGCCCAAGAUACUCUUUUGCACUGUUCGUUGGAGGAUAUAGAUGCAGUCGUGUGUGUGGGUGGUGACGGGACGUUUGCAGAAGUUUUCAAUGGUCUUGUUUUAAGAACAGCUAAAGACAAGGGCAUUGAUUACAACGAUCCAGACGCCAAAUUGCCAUCACCAUUCUUACCAGUUGGUGUCAUUCCUAGCGGCAGUACAGAUACAAUGGCCUAUUGUUUCCAUGGAACAACUGAUGUACAGACUGCUGUCAUCCACAUAAUAUUUGGUGACACUGUUGGUUUGGAUCUGUGCAGUAUUCAUAGCAAUGCAAUGCUUUUAGGCUUCUAUUCAAGCGUCAUUUCGUAUGGCUACUUAGGAGAUGUUAUAAGAGACAGUGAGAAAUUCCGAUGGAUGGGUCCUAGGAGAUACGAUUACUCAGGUUUCAAAAAAUUUUUUGCCAAUAAAGGCUAUGAAGGGGAAGUGAGUCUUCGGAAGGCUAGUUGUGAUCCAGCCAAAGGUCCAAAAUGUUGUAAAAAGUGUGAACGUUGUGAGUUAGAACAAGAAAAGAAUAAAACAAGUUCAACAUCUGUUACUGAAGAUUGGAAAACGUUUAGAGGACGAUACUUUAUGGUGAAUGGUGUCAAUGUAUGUUGUGCCUGUGAGCGAAGUCCAAAUGGCAUUUCACCAUAUGCUCACCUCGGAGAUGGCUGUAUCGAUGUUCUUCUCAUCAGACAUACUCACGUGGUGAACAAUUUGCGUCUUCUCUUGACUUUGACAAGCAAACGAAAAACUGUGUUUGACUUGCCCUUUGUGGAAGUACACAGAGCGAGAGAACUGACAUUCCGAGCACUUCCUACGACAGUGUCUUCUCCGCAGAUGGAGCGCUACACGCCUCAGCUUAUUCCUGGGAAAAGUGUGUGGAACUGUGAUGGAGAAGUUCAGAAUGAAACUGAUAUAAGAAUAAGGGUUCAUUGUCAGCUUCUGAAAAUCUUUACACGUGGUAGAGAAAACUUUGCUGAGGAAGAAUGUGCUUGCGGGUGUCUGGGUAGCACGUGAUUGUCAGUCAGUAUAUUGGAUUUAUUGUGAUACAAGAAUGUGAUAGAUAAAAUUAUUUUCUUCCAUGUGGUGGUGAGCAAAGUUGGUUUUAAACUUGUGAAACCAGUUGAAAAUUAUCACAUAUGUUUUAUUUUAUUGGAUGUCUUUGCAAUUCUUGCAAAGGAGUCAAGUUGUUAUUUUUCUGCAUUUGCUUGAAAUAUCCUAGUUUUAUGCUAAAUCAUCUUAUUCUUAAACAUUUUAAUGUAUUUUAUCCUAGACUAUAUAAUUCCUUUUAGUACUGUGUGACUCAAGUGAGAUAAAAAUAUUUUAUAUCCACAAGCCCUUUUUAGUCAAAUACUCAAUCUACAUUUCAUUAAAAUUGAUUAAUCCAUGUAUGCAUCUUUUUUAUAAUAUUUCUCGAAUUGUUUUGCUGUGCAGCUUGUUUAAUAUUUUGUAGCAAACAUUCAUAAAUUAGGACAUUUCUUUCGUUGUAUAGGUGUGUGGAAGCCCUGCAUUUCUUGAUCUAAAAUUUUUUAAGAUAUAGAAGUGUAAUAAUACAAUGCUUCAUUGUGAUAAAACCCCAAAUACUACUUACAUAUAUAAUGUUUUAAUUUAUUUCUGUCUGUCAGUGGGGGUAAUAGUUUCUUAUUCUCUAUUUAGUCAUGUAGAUGCAGCAAAUUAAUGUUAUUACUAUUGUAGGAAUCAUUUUAUUUGACUGCUGUCGAUAAAAAUUCUGUAGUAUCAAGUAAAUACAAACACUUAAAGAUCUCCUGCCAAUAACAUCCAAUUGGUUUUUGGAAAUAAUAAUGUAGGGCUCUAACCAAAUGCUUAUAUAUAGUUUUAUUCUAUUAUUUACUCUAUUUUUAAUUUUUUUUGCAAUAAAAAGACUUUGUAGAAGAGUACACAAGUACUAAUGACUAUUAUAAUUUAUGUUUACAGUAGUAGGAUGGCUUUGAAUAGAGUGAGAACUACUUUUAUUUUGUAAACAGUAUUAUGUUCAUAAGAACAUUAAAGUGUAUUUAUAAUUUGGUGUAUUAUUUGCUCCAAACAGGCUAAAAAGCAGACAAUAUUUGUGUAUGAAUACAGUAUUUAACCUGUUUAAUUAUUUAUGUUUGCUCUUGUUAUAAGGAUUGUUAAAAGAAUGUGUGGUAUUUCCUAGUAUUAAUGCAUUUCAGGACAGUAUGAGCCUAUAUAGUUCUAGUAAACAAUGUUUGUUCUCUUUAUUAGCUAUCCUUUUAACAUUUAUUUUAAAGCUUUAUUUUAGUAGUGAACUAUUGGUAUUGCUCAAUACUUGUCAAAAUAAAAGUGACUGUGUAUUGUAUUACCAACUGUUAUGUAUUGUAAUGUCAUCUGUAAUGUACAUUUUACAUUCUGGAUAUGUUCCUUUUACAACAGCAAUUUUCCAUGACAAUGCUCGAAUAAUUUUUUUUAGCUAUUCCAUACAUGUUUGCUUUUAACAGAUUAUAGAUAAAAUUUGAAGAAAUUAUACCUACCAACUUUUGGAAGGAAUUAUUGAAAUACACAUGUCUAACACUUAAAAGUUUCACUUAUGCUCACUCGAUACACGUGCAAGUUGUUUGUGAGGAAUUAUUCUCUGUGGAGAUGUGUGGUUAAGUGGUGGUGUGCAUAUGUGCUUCAAUAUGUCUUAACAAGAAACCUAAGUUAUUUUUAGGUCAUUGGAAAGUGAAAAGUUAUGAAUCCAGCCAUCUUGAAAAAAUCUUUACACAUAAAUUGUCAUGAUGUUAAAUCCAAUAAAAGUUGAACAUGCCUUGUGCAAUGUGACUUCCCAACCACUACAGUCAUAAAACAAAAGUUAACAUUGCAUCAAAUUAAGUUAAACUUUCAUUGACUUUUUUUAGAAUUAUUUUCAUGUCAUCUAUGGAAGUAUCUUAGUAAAUAGUAGGAUGCCUCAACUUAUUUAGGUUGCUGUUAUAUUUUGGUCAAUGAUAAACAGAGUAAUUGGGGCGGGAAUUUGCGCAUCAUAUGAUUGUCACCACGAACAGACGACAGAGAAAAUAGGUUGUUUUUUCAGCUUGUUUAUUUAAUGUACCUAAGGAGUUGCAAUGUUUCAGCAUCUUUGCUGUUAUGUGCAGUGUGCUGUCAGGCCAAUGUAAUGUGCUGCAUGUCUGAAAUCCUACCAAUUGACUUCAAGGUGCUUGCUACACUGCAACUGUGAUGUGUUUCAGGUGUAGCUUUCAUUAGAAUUCAGACAAUAAUUUGUUGCCUUCGACCGAUGUAAUUCCUUUUGUGUGCAUGGAGAAUUGCUAAUGUCCCAGGCAUUGUAUCAUUGCCACUAUACUAAGACUUUUGAAGGCUUUAUGCACCAAAAUUGUGCAUCCUAGGAUGUUUAAACAAGAGACGUGUAUUUAUUCAUAAGGUAAAUGUCUCAAUUAAACAGCAUCAAAUAGCCAUAAAAUCAGGAGCACAAAUUUUGUUUCCAAAAGAGGGCCUAUUCACUUAUAUUAUGAUGAAGGAAAGGCAAUAUCAAUAUUGUUAGGUUUGUUAAGGUUGUGAAGAACUCAAUAGCAUAAAAGAUUUCUUGGGGGGGGGGGGGGAGAGAGAGGGAGGUAUUAUUUUGCACUUCUGUUUAGUUAAUUUCAUUUUCCAAAAGUUGGUAGGAGUGUUUUAUUAUUCAUUCUGUAGAAAAAACUUGACAUUAUUUGCCAUUUUGUCGUGUUAAAUGAUAAAAAGAAUGUUAAUCCUAGUAAACUGUAAAAUUAAAUCUGUGUAACUGUAAAUGACAACACUUAAGUGCUUUAUUGACACAUUUAAUUUAAUAAUGUGUUACUAUGAGACCUAAAUUGUAUGUUAACCUAACUACAUUAUAAAUUAAGUGUAUAUUAUUUUCUGAAGCAUCUGUUUAAACAAUUAUUAAUUUUGGUUUGUAGUACAAUAUAAAUGGUUUAUAAACUGUUGGUCUGUAAGUACUCUUGCAAAUUUUUUUACGAAAUUACUAGAAAAAUAUUUUUGCUUUACAAAAUAUAAAUCAGUCUUCAUUUUUAAAUUUAAUUUUUUAGUGUUAUCAUAGUGAUUGUUAUAGUAUUCUAAAAUGUUUUCAAGUAUUUACAAUUGGGCCAUAUGUUUAACACCAUUCAAUAGAAAUGACAAAUAAUCAUUAAUAAAAUUAAUUUUGUGAAUUCAGUGACAAAUCUUUGUUAAGAAAUAUUUUUCAGACUGUACUUUGUGACUAAAAGCUAUUAUAAGUUACUUUAAUUUAUUUGAGCUUUUAAAAUUUGUGCACUUAAUACUCCAUACUUAGACUAAUUGUAUUUUUUUUUAAUUUGUACUAGCAUAGCUACAUAUUAAAUUUAUUUACAGACUAUCAGUACAAAUUAGUUUUAAUUUCUUGUUAAGUAUUAUAGAAUAUUUCUUUAAGUAAUUACCAUCCAAAUUAUAUGAAAAUGUCUAAAAAGUGAUACUUCUUUAUAUAUAUGAAGUUUGUUCUAAAAAAAAAUUCAGGUUUGUAAAUGUGAGAAGGUAAAAAAAUACCUUUCAAUAGGUAUUAAUGCCUCUAAAAUGUUUGUUUAUUUUUAAACAUGUGAAGGAGCUAUUUUACCUUUUUUAUCAUGUUUACUACUUAAUUACUUUUAAAAUUUAUAUUAAUACCAUUUGUUAUUCUUUUUGUAAGCAAUUAAAUGUAAUGUUAUGUUUAAAAAAACAUUAAAUAAAUAAUACUUUAUACUGUUAA